CGCGCUCGCUGCUAGCCUCUCCAAACGUACACGUAGUGCCAAAGGACACUACACUUGAAGGAUAACCACUUACACACACACACACACACACACAUAAACGUUCAAUAUGGCUAAAAUUAUUAUCAGUGCUUUGUUGUGUCUGGCCAUGUUUGGCUCGUUGGCCCAAGCAGCAGCUGGCGCUUGCCGUGAGGCGAACGGUACUGCUCCGGUCGCCGGCUCCUGCGACGCCUACAUCGAGUGCAAGAAUGGUGUGGCCGAGGAGAAACUGUGCCCCGACGGCCUGCUCUACAACGAGAAGUCCACCGGCUACCCCUGUAGCUAUCCCAUCGACGUGGAGUGCACUCAGCCUCAGGCUCGUCUGCAGGCGGCCCAGCCCACGGACGAGUGCCCCCAUCAGUUUGGCUACUAUCGCAUGGGAGAUGCGAGCCAUUGUGGCCAGUUCAUGAACUGUGCGGCGGGUCGCGGCUUUGUCUUCGACUGCCCCGAGGGCCUGGCCUGGAACCCAGCCACCUACAAGUGCGACUGGCCCGAUCAGGUCGAGGAUUGCGAUGCUGAGGCCUUCCUCGGCUUCCGUUGCCCACCCCUGGCGCCCAAGUCGGAUCUGCUGGGCGAACAGGAGCAGGACUAUACCUUCCAUCCGUCACAGGAAAACUGCCAGGUGUACUUCAUCUGCAUUGAGGGUCGCCCACGUCGCAUCAGCUGUGGCGAGGACCAGGCCUUCAACCAGGAGCUGAACCAGUGCGACGACAUCGACAACGUGCCCAACUGCAGCAGCGACAUUCGUGCCAAGGGCGCUGAGAUCAAGGCGGCGCGCGCCUCAGCAGCUGCCGGUCGUCGCAAGCUGAACUAAGCGAGCGGGAGGGAGAGCGAAAAGUUGAAUCAGAUUCUAGAUAGGCAAAGCAUGCACAAGGCGCUGCUCGAGUUUUCUAGUCUGUAGUUAAAGGGCGGCCAAUGCCCAUUUAUUGUAUACCUUUUGCCAUUCACAAUAAACAGUUGUCAUUUUUGUACUCAGUUUGUAAA